AUGUUCUUUACCAUUCCCUAUUUUUGAUAGGUAGAAAACUGAAAGAAUGCUUAAGGACUUUGGCAAUUCUACUUUGCAUAGAAGUGUUUUGAAUGCUUUUAAAAUAGUAAUUAAUUAUACUGGAAAGUAGCACUUCUUUUGAAGGAUGCGAGGAAGAUAAACAGUAUCUGUAACUGGCAUCAAUUCUGUGGUUUAAACAGUUGUACCAGUAUGGAUGAAGUGCAUUGACAUGACUGAUGUCUUGCUCAGCUGGAUCAUCUAAAGUUGUUGAUAGUUUUUCAAUGGCUGGGUUUAGGUGAUCCGGAGGUAUUGUGGGGUGGGGGGGAGGGGAGAUAUCUUUUCCAUACCACUUUGUUCCCUGUUCUUUCUGGAAGGGAGAAGGUAGAAACGAAAAAUACUCCACAGUCCUCUCUUUAAAUGCUUCUAGCUGUGCAUCUUCUUAUCCAAAGAAACAGUAACUGAAGCUGCAGUCUCUAGAUUUUGUAUGUACCUACAAUAAUUUAUUUGGCUGCAAGUUCCACUUCUUGGUGAAUCAUUAAACCCAUUUCCUGGUAUGUAUUUGAGGAAGCCACCAGAUCUUAUUCUGAGGAAGCAUGCUGUUAUGAUUGAGAUUUUUUUUUAAUUAUUAUUUUAGGUGGGGGUUUUGGUGUAGUUUUUGUUUGUUUUUUUAGUUUUGCCCUGGGAAAAGUGUUAUUGACAGAUGUAGCAUUUGUUUGGAAAGGCAAGUCUGAUCUGAAGAAUGUUAGGAUCAGCUGACUAGCUGACUGUCUUUUACUACAGGCUGUAGUGACAGCAAAUCUAGAUAGUUUGACGUAGUCACAGUGAGUAUCUGCCUAUAAGUUUGCAAGGGUGAAAGUAGUGACUGGAGAGUUGCAUAAUAAAAGCAAAGGCAUUAAAAUACAUGCUGUUUUGUGAGAUGGUUGUGGGAUAAGAAGCUGAGUUUAAGAAAUGCAGUCUUAUCUGUGGCCCUGAAAUAACUGAGGAUCUUUAGAACAGAAAGAUAAGGAAAUGCUGAGGAUCCAGAGAGAAAUUUUAGUCUUUUCUCUCUUAAGCAGUAUUUAAAUUAAUUUCUGUGAUAACGAUAGAGCUAAGAUCAGAAUGUACAGAUUGCUUAAAGACUAGUAUAGAAUUGAGAUAUUUUAAUGCUUCGGAUAACAGAGGUGUCUAUUUUCUCUCACUAAAGAUGACUUAGUAAGAAAGAAUGUUAACUUUAAUUUUCUCAUUCAUAUUGCAGAAUGAAUAUAAAUUGUUUAUGCAGAACAAUUGGGUUGGUCUGUGAUACAGACCAAGAUACAGCUUGCUAAUUAUUUCCUUAUAGUAGGAAGUAGAGGAGGAAAAUUCUUUAAAAUCUCCCUUUGUGACUCCUUGAAGCUCUGAAUCUCUUAAUCCCUGCCUGUAGUCUUGCUGAUAUAAAUCUUACUAGGUACUUUUUCAGCAUCAUCCUUCAGUCCUUAAACUCUUCCAGAUUAUUGUGAUUCCCUUAGUCUCUCCUUUUGAAGCACUGUAGGAGAUAUAACUAGGUGAUCUAUGUUGCAUCAGAAGAUGAGAUGUAAUUGCCUGCCAAUGACAGACACAGUAUGCAACUGCUAACAGGUUAAUGUUCGUGAAGAAAUUGAAGAGUUUUUUCCAAGAAUGUGGAAGAUAAAUCAAGAUAAAAGAAGGCUAAUGAAAAGUAUUAAAGAUCAGAAAAUUAAAAUUGAAUGGGGGAAAAAAUUGAACAGAAGAUUGGUCAGAUAGAAGCACUUGAAUAUUUUUUUAAGGCUAUAAGGAAUUGUUUGAAUUGGGGAAGAAUACACGAAGUAUGAAAAAUGAAAAACUCAAUGAAGAAUGAAGAAAAGUAGAAAGCAAGAGUGAAGUAGAAUUAAAAGAAUCUGGAAGAAUGAAUGGGUCCUAGGUUAAGUAAAUGAGUCUCGCUCCCAGUCAAAAUCUCCAGCUGGGAGUCCUGCUCGUGUAAAAUCGGAGAGCAGGUCAGGAUCUCGCAGUCCAUCGAGGGCUUCCAAACAUUCUGAAUCGCACUCUAGGUCAAGGUCAAAAUCAAGAUCCAGGUCCAGAAGACAUUCGCACAGACGUUACACUCGUUCCAGAUCCCAUUCCCAUUCUCAUUCUCAUAGGAGACGUUCUCGAAGCAGAUCGUACACACCAGAAUACCGUCGUCGAAGGAGCCGUAGUCAUUCUCCAAUGUCCAACAGGAGAAGGCACACUGGCAGCAGAGCUAAUCCAGAUCCUAAUACAUGUCUUGGAGUGUUUGGUCUCAGUUUGUAUACUACUGAGAGAGAUUUGCGUGAAGUCUUCUCUCGUUACGGGCCAUUGACUGGUGUCAAUGUGGUUUAUGAUCAACGAACUGGACGAUCAAGAGGAUUUGCUUUCGUUUAUUUUGAGAGAAUUGAUGACUCUAAAGAGGCAAUGGAGCAUGCAAACGGUAUGGAGCUGGAUGGCAGGAGGAUUCGGGUGGAUUAUUCAAUCACCAAGAGAGCACAUACACCCACCCCAGGCAUCUACAUGGGCAGGCCAACGCACAGUGGAGGAGGUGGUGGCGGUGGAGCAGGUCGUCGCCGUGACUCAUAUUAUGAUAGGGGGUAUGACAGAGGAUAUGACAGAUAUGAAGAAUAUGACUACAGAUACAGGAGACGAUCACCAUCGCCUUAUUAUAGUCGAUACCGAUCACGAUCAAGAUCCCGUUCCUAUAGUCCAAGGCGCUACUGAAGAUCAGAAGAGUUACAGUUGAGGACAUGAUUUUUAAAUACAAAGCUCAGAUCUUAGCUUCCCUACUGCUCUCCCUCCCACCCUCCCUUCCUUGUCCUCCAUCCAGCUCUUUUACAAAUCUUUGGUUCAUUUAGAAUAUACAUUUUUUCAGUUGAAGUAUUCCUGUUUUCCAUCCCUCCUUAUUCUAAUACUCUUAAAUAUUGUAAUUGUUGUAGUUUUUGUGUAGUAAAACAUCUUAAGCAAAAUGAAAUAGAGAACCCAAAGUGCUGAUACAUUUUGGAAGUCAUUCCUAUUUUGUUUUUUAAACAAUUGGACUCCUGACUAAUCAGAAGAGAGCAUUGUUAUUUUUAAAGCUUGCAUGUCAUACGUAGUAUACACACUCAAGAUACUUUGAUAUAAACCUGCAUUUCCAAGUAACUCGUUAAUCUUUCUGUUAAAAUGUUUACCUAUUACUUUGAUAAACAAGUAAUGACUUUGAGCCUUUUCUGUAAUGACAAAUUUACUUAGAUAGUCAUGAACCAGAGGAUUUUUUUUUUUUUUUUUUGUCAGGUAGUUGCUUUGAGUGUAGACUCUUUGAGCUAGAGCAAAAUUUGGUUUUUGACUGGGAAAAUAGAUCCUUGUACACUCAGUUAAGGCUGUGUUUUAUAGAUAAAGUUUCUGGAUUGCUACACAGUGGAUAACAUUUGAAGUUAAAAUUGUAAAAAUCCUGGGGUUUUUAUUGUACUUGUUUGAAUAUUUCCCCUUAAUCGGUGCAGGAAUAAAAAUAUUUAUUGAACAUAGCAAUUAGUUAUAUAAUUUGCUGUUCAUUAAAAAAAAAAACAACAACACAACAAAACCCACCAACUUUUUGGUAUUGCAAUAAUGAUUAAGCAAGUUUUGUUUCUAGUCCUUUUUGGAGUUUUGAAAGUAUGGAUGGAAAAACCUACAACUACAUGUAAACCUUUUUUCCCCUCAAUAAAAGUUGAUUCCACUGA